UGCUGGGCGGGUUCCUGAGCCCCUCGGCAGCAGCUGCCGCAGGAUCAGGGGCGGCAGCUAUUGGUCUGUCUGGGGCUCCUCGACUGUCUGACCACAAUGCCGCUGUUCCAAGGACAGGAGGGGAAGAAGAGGGCCAUCUUUACUGAUACUUCGGACGCCAGGCCAUCACGCGGUUUUCUUUAUUUCCAGUUUUGGGAGGUCAUCAGCGAUGAGCAUGGGAUCGACCCCACGGGCAGUUACCAUGGAGACAGUGACCUGCAGCUGGAGAGAAUCAACGUGUACUACAAUGAAGCUGCCGGUAACAAAUAUGUGCCUCGGGCCAUCCUGGUGGAUCUGGAGCCGGGCACCAUGGACUCGGUCAGGUCUGGACCCUUCGGCCAGAUCUUCAGGCCCGACAACUUCGUGUUCGGUAUGUAGCGCGGUCCCCGGGCACUGGCUCGGGAGGCCCACUUCCUCCUAAGCCCCGUGGAGGUCACAGCUGUCACUGCUGAGUGCCCCGCUGGAGGCUGCGUGUCCACAGAGGCCCUGAGUCCUGGCCUAACUGCUCCCGGUCCACGGGCUGUCACUCCUCUGGCCCCUCUCCGCACAGCUCAAAGGACGGGGUCCGCCUGGAGAGGGCUGCCGCAGCCGUCCCACGGCAGAGCAGCCUGGGGAGGGCAGAGAACAGGGAGCAAAGGGAAGCUUCCAACAGCAGCUCCCAGGUGACCGGUCAUCUCAGAGGACCAGUGACAACAGGCGAGCAUUUCCU